AUGGCAGAACUCCGCGCAUUGGUGCACCGCAUGAGAUUGCGCGAGCAGCGUCAGCUCCUCUACAUCGAAGACCUCCGCGCCAUCGCAUGCCGAGCGCUGGAGACUGGCGUCAUAAAAAGUGGAGGGCAGGACGAGGCGAUUGAGAACGGGAGCUCGUCUCUCCGACCAGCAGAAAGACACGCUGACACGAUCAGAAGACUGCAGAGAGACAAAGAAGACCUCACCAACAAGGUUGCGCGACUUGAGGACGAGAAGGUGGCGAGUGCUCUCACUGAGGGUGAGGAUCUAAUGUUUUACCGCAAGAAUCUUCUAGCCGAGAGGACGAGGUGGAUGGAGAAGAGCUUGCGAGAGAAAGACAGGAUAAUUGAGAGACUCAAGGCACAAGGCAGCUCGCACAACCAAGCUUCUGCCCCCUCCUCUUCUUCCCCGUCCAUCGACGAGGUGCAACAAGAGGGCUCGGGUCAGCACAAGGGUGUAUGGCAUGCAGCAAAGACGAGCCGGGAGAGGGGACGGGAGAGAGGAGGAGGCGUUCAGAUGGCAGUGACGGAAGAUAUUCUCAGCCACCUCGUCACUCCUCGCACUCAGCGCGCGAUCAGUGAGGUAGACCUCCUGAUGGCCAUCGAGACCCUCAGACCUCCUCCUGUCUACGACCAUCCCUCCUCGUCCGACGUACCCAAGGCGUUCAAGAAGGGAUGGAUGACUGCGGUGGAGGACCAGGCUUGA